UAUUCUUCGGAGAUAUUAGAGACUGAUACAGCUAAUGUUUUACCACCUGAAGAUGACACUAAUACACAAUCUGCUCAAAUACAUGCAUCAUUGUCUAAAAAAGUAAAAGUCUCAAAAAUUGAUUUAUUUGAUAAAUCUUCGUCUACAAAUGAUGUGUUAUUUAUAUUACUACCUCUACCUAUAGUCGUAAUACCUUCUUUAACCUCUCAUACAUCUAAUCCUUUAUCUGAAGAUGUAGUACCUUCUUUUAGUAAAUCAGCUUCUACAAAAUCUAUAGUACACGAAGAAGCCUCUACAACAUGCAGUAUUUUCUCAACAUGUAGUAUUUCUUCAAUACGCAGUAUUUCUUCAGCAUGUGAUACCUCAACACGUGAUAUUUCUACAAUAUAUAGAGCUUUUACAAUACGCGAUGCUUCUACAAUAUGUAAAGCAAUACCAAAUAAUGAUCAACAAAGUUUAAUGAAGUUACUUCAAGUUUGCCAACAAAAUAGUGCAAAACUUGAUCAAAUAGAUAAAAAGCAAGAGGAUAUCAUUGAGAUGAUCAAUGAACAAAAGAAUUAA